AUGUUCCGGCGUCAGCGCAACGGGGGGGCCCAGGGGGCGCGCAAGCGGUACCCCGUUGGUGGCGACUUGCGACAGAGAGACCCGCGGCUGCCCAGGCUGACCCCAUCCGAGCUCCGAGGGGCCCGAUACGCGUGGGAUGUAGCGGGCUACAGGAUCCGGGAGGGUGGCUCCGCGUGGUGGCAGGACUGGGAUGCUGAGUCCCAGGAGGACGUCAGGAUCCCCACGCCGCGCCGGCCCCUCCGGUCCCCAGUCCCCCCACAGGCGCAGAAGAAGCGCGGCGUGCUGGAGUCCCUGCUGCUGCCACCCCUGCUGUCCUCCAGAGCGUCCCGGGGAUCGGCGCAGGGGUGUCCUGGCCCUGGACAGUGCCAGUACACUCGCAGGCGCGCGGCCAGGGAGGGCCCCGGCUCCCUUGGCUCCCUCUUAGGAGAGUUCCUCCCUAGCAGGUUCCGCGAGUUUCUGAGACAGCUCCAGCAGAAGUGUGAGGAGCCCCUGGAGCCACAGACAUCCCCAGUACCGCGACAUCAAAGGGGUGUGUCAGAGCACUGCCAAAGGUCUCAUCAGUGUCCCAACCGCUCUUUCCUCCCAGACCUGUGGGCCCAGUCAGCCUACUUUGAGGAUAAUCUUAAAAACAUUUUGCUCCAUCAUUCUACCCUGGGGCCUCUAAAGGGUGAUCACUCACAACUCACCACACUUACACACCAGCGGAGGUCACUUGUCCAGGAUCACACAGCGAGUCUGGAUCUAGUGGAUGUGGUGUCGGGGUCAAGCAGCCCCUACAGUGCACAAAUCCCCAAGCCCAAGGCUGUGGUCACUCGAAACCUCUCAGGGGAGGCCUCCAGGGCCCGCAGGAGGUGUUCCCCUCUCCGGGUUCGGUUUGCUGAUGAGACCGUUCGGGACACCGCACUCCGAUACUGGGAGCGCAGCUGUGCAGUCCGGCAGAGAUUCACUGAGAACCAGACCUCUAGGCUGCCAGCUGUGUCAGACCAACUGCUGGGGAGUGUUGGGCGAUGGCUAGAGACUCUGCCCAAAGCCCUGUACCUGGGGGCCAGGGAAGAGGCCCUGACCAGCUCUUCCUGCUGGAACUUCCCCAGCCUGUUCACCAAGGAGCUGCAAGGCCACUUGUCUGAAGACACCCCUAUGAAUAUCAGCCUGCCCUUCAUCCCUAGGGCCACCACCCCGAGGCAGCGGGGGGACCUCCACAACUUAAUGAGCACCCACAACAUCCUGGAGAAGAUGGGCAAACCAUCCUACUCCUGGAAUCAGAAGCUGGAGUCUUUCCUGCCCAGUAUGGUGCUGCAGUCGGUCCUGAGGCGAAGCCGCCCCAAGGACUACCAGCUCUUCCUGCCAUCUAUGACAUUGCAGCGGACUCAGAGAUGA